GGGGGACACAUUUCUUCGGUGGAGCCUUUCACAGCGACAGUAAGAAAUGGGUGACUGGAGUUUCUUGGGGAACAUUUUAGAGCAGGUGAACGAGCAGUCCACUGUCAUCGGGAGAGUCUGGCUCACAGUGCUCUUCAUUUUCCGCAUCCUGAUCCUGGGAACAGCCGCUGAGCUAGUGUGGGGAGACGAACAGUCAGACUUCGUGUGCAACACCCAGCAACCUGGUUGCGAGAACGUCUGCUAUGAUGAAGCCUUCCCCAUCUCCCACAUCCGGCUCUGGGUUCUGCAGAUCAUUUUUGUAUCCACACCUUCGCUAAUGUACUUUGGGCAUGCGGUGCACCAUGUCCGCAUGGAGGAGAAGAGGAGAGAGAAGGAGGAAGCUGAGAGGCGUCGGCAAGCUGAGGUGGAUGAAGAGAAGCUGCCCCUGGCUCCAAAUCAAAACAAAGGCAACAAUCCUAAUGCGACCAAGAAGUUUCGCCUGGAAGGUACUCUCCUGAGAACCUACAUCUUCCAUAUCAUUUUCAAAACCCUCUUUGAGGUGGGAUUCAUAGUAGGUCAGUACUUCCUGUAUGGCUUCCGAAUUCUUCCACUUUACCGCUGUGGGCGGUGGCCCUGUCCCAAUCUUGUGGACUGUUUCGUCUCCAGGCCCACGGAGAAGACCAUCUUUAUUAUGUUCAUGCUGGCGGUGGCUUCCGUGUCCCUCUUCCUCAACUUGGUGGAGAUCAGUCACUUGAUCCUGAAAAGGAUCCGGAAGGCUCUGAGAAGACCAGCAGAGGAACAGCUCGGAGAAGUCCCAGAGAAGCCCCUCCAUGCCAUCACAGUCCCCUCAAUCCCAAAGACCAAAGGCUACAAGCUGCUGGAAGAAGAGAAGCCGGUGCCCCACUAUUUCCCUCUCACGGAAGUAGGGGUUGAGCCCAGCCCCCUUCCAUCAGCCUUCAAUGAGUUUGAGGAGAAGAUCGGGAUGGGACCAUUAGAAGAUCUCUCCAGGGCAUUCGAUGAGAGGUUACCAUCGUAUGCACAAGUGAAGGAGCCGGAAGAGGAGAAGGUAAGAGCAGAGGAGGAGGAACCAGAAGAGGAGCAGCUGGAACCUCAGGAAGAGCCAGGGGUGAAGAAAGAAGAGGAGGUGGUGAGCGAUGAAGUGGAAGGGCCUUCAGCACCUAGUGAACUCGCCACUGAUAUGAGACCCCUCAGCAGGCUAAGUAAAGCCAGCAGCCGGGCCAGGUCAGAUGAUUUGACUGUAUGA